CUGUAUGCUUUUUAUAUAUUUAGUAGUGUGUCACACAAACAGCAAAUAUUGUCAAAAAAAAGUAAGAAAUCUUUGGGCUAAAAUCGCCCCUGGUUCUGCGCUGCACAAACACCUCCUCUUCCUGCCUUUCUCAGUUCUUCGUUCUGCCUUUCCGUGCACUCGCGUUACUCAUGUUGGAUUUACCUUUCUAUUUUAUGUAUAGAUGCAGUUGCAAUUGUGCAGUCUGAGCCACACAGUUCCAUUUUGUUUUUAACCGAAUCUGUUUGUGGACUUUGCUUUUUGCUCGAUUUCUUUCUUCCCGCCUGUUUCCUGUUUGUGUCUCACUGCUUACUUCGCAUCUCCCUCAGCAGCCUUUUCCUGCAUUACUUCUAACAAAAGUUUCAUUUCUUGGUCAUGGAUGAUUUCGUAAGAACCAAACUGGUUGAAUGGGGGCUAAGUGAGUGGGUGGAGAAAUUUAAAGAUCAAGAAAUUGAUAAAGAAAAUAUUUUUGAUCUUGAUGAUCGAGAAAUUGAGAAUUUGAUCACAAAAGCUGGACCAAGAAUGAGAUUCAAGAAGAACCUCAAGCUGUUAAAGGUCUUGCCAUCCACAAGUGAUACAGGAAAGAGAAAAUCAGACCUUCAAAGUGAUGCCAGCAGGUUGCAGUCACCAGCUAAGCGACAGCGUCAGUCAAUGCCAGGAUUUGCAGAAUCAAUCAUACUGUCUGAUGUGAAAAGCAUCAUGACAUCUGUACAUAAAAUACUAAAUGACCAAGACAAACUCAGUGAUUUCUUAAAGAAAAAGAUCAGUGAUUUGGAGACAGACAAGAGGGAGCUGGUUGGUGUCUUUGGUAAAACCGGGGCUGGAAAGAGCUCUUUGAUAAAUGCCAUCAUCAAAGAGAAGAAUCUUUUACCCUCAGGAAGUGUCAGUGCCUGCACCUCAGUCAUGAUCAAAGUGGAAGCCAACACACACAGCAAGUAUGAGGCAGAAAUUGAGUUCAUCACAAAGGAGGAGUGGAAAGAUGAGUUGUGGUCAUUUCGUCAGCUUCUUGACAAUAAUGAAAAUCAGGAAAAGGAAGAUGAUGAUGAUUAUCGUGAUGCUGUUGAAAAGCUGUCAGCACUUUAUGGAGAAGAAUGGAAAGAAAAGUCUUCUGAAAACCUCAUGGAGAACAAAUAUUUUAAAGAAAUUCCAGAAUUUCUCCAAUCCAGGCAGAAGAUAUUGAGAUGUGAAUCAGCUAAUGAACUUUCUGCACAAUUUGUCAAGUACACAAGAAGUGAUUCAAAACAAGGAGAAGGCAAUGAAGGAAAAAAGUGGUUUUGGCCACUAGUGAAGUGUGUGACUGUCAAGGUGCCAAACAAUCCUUUUCUCCAGCAUGUCACACUUGUGGACCUUCCUGGAAAUGGUGACUGUAACAAGAGCAGAGAUCAGAUGUGGAAAGGGAUAGUUGGAGAUUGUUCUACUGUGUGGAUUGUGACUGAAAUUAAUCGAGCGGCAUCAGAGAAAGAGGCCUGGGAGAUCCUGGAAAGUGUCAGUAGUCUGAUUGGAAAUGGUGGCGAAUGUCAGCAAAUUCACUUUAUCUGCACCAAGUCUGAUCUUCUUGAUGACUCAGAUGAUCUUUCAUCAGCUGAUAUCCAUGAUCGAAUAGUUAAAAGAAACAUACAAGCCAAGGAUGGAGUAAGGAAGGCAUUCAACAAGCGAACCAAGAUUAAGAAACACUUCACCGAUGACAGUUUCAAAGUGUUCACAGUGAGCUCCAAAGAGUUCCUAAAAGGGAAGCAUCUAAGUCCAGAUGAAACUGAAAUACCUCAACUUCAGGGAUUUUUGCAAGAUCUGAAUGACUGUCACUCUGAGACAGUAAACUAUGUGAAUGGAGCUCACGGGAUUCUGUCUUUGAUUCACGGAGCCAACUCCAGAGGAGUGGAUGAUAAAAAAGCCGAGGUGUGUGCAGAACUUGAGAGAAACAUGAACCUCCAACUUCGUAAUGUCAACAAAGAAAUGGACGACACCUAUAUGGCUUUUGAAAAAUAUCUUGAUGAUGGUGUUGAGAAAUCCAAAGGUUCAUACGGAGAAAAACUCAAGAACUUCUUGUAUCGUGGAAAGAAGGGUGGUGCUUUUCACAAGGUACUGAAGUGUGUUGUUAAGAAUGGUGGCGUCCACAAACCAAAGAAUGGGACUCUAAUAAACCUUAACAUGAAGUUGGCUUCCUGUCUGAUUGACAGCAUUGAUGAUGAAUUCAGAAAGACCUUCCAAAAUGACUCAGAACGUGGAGCAUUCAAUGGAGUCAUCAAUGAAUUUUCACUUAACACUGAUUCUCUGUUUGAAAAGUACAAAAAUGCUGAACUGCAGCUCAGAUUUCUCAAGACAGAGGAAGUAAAAAUUAAGGCAAAACUGAACAGAAUGAUGCGGAAACAGAAGAAAAAAGUCUACAGCAGUCUGAUAGAGACAAUUGAGAACAUUAUGGAAGAAGGCUACAAGAAGGCUGCAGAAUUUAAAGGAGAAGGCAUGCUGUACAACAUGAGGGAGACUAUUAUGGACCACGUGCACUCAAAGGAGGCCAUGUUUGAGAGGGCAAAAAAUACCAUGUUGGAGAAAUUGCACAGUUUGAUGGAAAAAAUCCUGGAGACUCUGGAGGAAACUAUGAAAGAAUCCAUUGAACGUUCAUUCAAGACUGAUGGGGGCUUACUCCCAGAUGUUUCAACAGAGCUUGAGAUGGUGAAGAAACAUUAUGAUAAACUUGUAGGCACUCCAGAUGAUGAAACAUCACUAACUGGUGUCAUCAGCAAAGUGGUUCCAAAUUCAGAGCCCAGCACGCCAGUACCCAAGACCCCUGCUACCAAGUCAGGACCUGGCAAUCGCCCUCGGACACCGCCGCCACCGCCAAUGCUGCCGCCGGUCAUACCCACGCUGCCACCAGCUCCCUUGCCCCUUCCACCUGCUCUACCCCCGUCAUCGUCUUUAAUUUCCUGGCCCCCUAUACUCCCUCCUGCCGUCAGUACUUACGUGAUUCGAGAUGAAUGGGGAAACCAGAUCUGGAUUUGCCCUAGAUGUAACAACCCUGAUGAUGGCAGUCCCAUGAUGGGAUGUGAUGGCUGUGAUGACUGGUAUCACUGGCUUUGUGUCGGGAUCGUCACAGCGCCCCCUGAGGGCCAGCAGUGGUUCUGCGUUAAAUGUUCCAGGAAGAAGAAAGAUUAAAAAACACAAGAAAAGGAAACACAAACCGCAUUGAGACUAUGCAAAAGCACAUUUUGGACUGUUUUGGACUAAAGCCAUCAAUGAACACUCAUGGCACUGCUGUAAAAUUUAAAAAAAAAAAAGAUAAAGAAAGCUAAAAUUAUGGCUGAUGCAAACUUCUGAGGAUUUUUUUUAAAGAUGUCAGCCACGAUUCGUUGUGAGUUGGUAAGAGGAUAAAAAAGAGGAUUUAACCAGCACAUAAUCAGCCUUAGUUCUCAUGUGGUUCCCCUUUUUUUUGCCUAUAAAUUGUUUAUUUGUUGCUUUUGGUUGUCCAGUCUUGGAGAUCUUGUCUAUGUAAGGAGACCAUGGCAGUUUCUGUCAAAUCAGAGUUAAAUUUUCUCAACAAAGUGGAAGAAAGAACAACUGUUGUCUUUUUUUCUGUUUUCCCUCAUGUUGCCAAGAAAGGGCAUGACCUUUGUGUCAAGCCUUUCUACCAAUUUUCUGCAGUAUCACUGAAAUGUCAUGUAUAUAAAUGAUUGCAUCAGGCAUGUAUAAAUGUGUAAAUACCAACUUCCAAGCCAAGUGCAUUUUGUUCUUAGGAUUAUUGACUCAAAAAUCCAUUUUCAGAUAUUGCUUUUUAAAUCUACUGAUUUUUCUGUAAUUUCUGUACAUUUUUUAAAAUUUAAAGUUUGUAUUUUUAUUUUUUCCCCCUUUUUCCCUUCAUAUGGAGUAGUCCUGGAGUUAUACUGUAGCUGUGCUUGUAAUGUAAUUAAUUUCACUGAGAUUUAAAUAUUAAAGAUGAAUGGUCUGUGUACUCACAGACUUUAACAUGUCAACCUCA